UGGCAGUUCACUGUCGUAAAUUGACGUGCCUGUCGUGUAGUUCUGUUUGAAAAUGUCGACAAACUCGGAUAUUUACGAAUAGUCACGAGGUGAUUAACGAAGACAGUUAACAUUCAAGCCCGGUGAGGGUGGCUGUGAAGUCUGAAAAUGGGUUUCUGGCACCCGGUGACCAACCUUAGAGACUACGUCUCCCACAAUCCUCCGGGGGUUACAUUCUUCCUGUGUCUGAUGACAGUGGCCAUCUCCUUCAUCUGCCUCAGCUCCUACAGCUACACACACACGCUGCCUAACCCGGACACAGCAAAGGACUGGAACCAUCUACUGUCCUCAUUGUCCCAGUUCCAGCUGUGUGUGAAAGCCAACGUAAGUUCACCUGAGCUCGUGUUGCCCGCCCUCCUUUCUCUGGCUGAUAGAGAGACUACGGUUAACUCUACACAGACUUCCUCUGUCAGCGCUCUGCGUGUCAAGGUGCCUGUGGCUCUGAAUACUUACUCAAACAGUGUCUCUCUCAAAGACCUUGGUUUACACACUACCUUGAGAGCCAGUCAAUUACAUCUUGGAGGCAAUGAGAUUGUUAAUGUGACUUUGGAGUUUUUAUCUGGAAAUGUUACCUACACCUGUCUCACUAUUACUGCUCCAGUGCACCUCCUGCCCAUGAGUCUACUACCACCAGAGUGCCCUGUAUUUGAGAAAAACAUUUCGCCAAUCCAUACGGAAGCAGGCAACCAGCUGAAUACAGCGUCACAAACCUGCUACAGUCUACGCUCAACAAAUGACCCGACACUCACAGUGAUGUUAACACAGGAGGAGCAGAGCCUGGCAGUGCGACAUCUGUUGGAAGUUGGUGUGUGUCUGCUAGGAGUUUGCUUGAUACUUUGUGUCGCUGCUAGUAUCACACAUUCACUAAAUCGCCGCUACCACUGGAAUGGAACGGAACCACAAAAUGUGACGGAGCCCUUGAUUGACCCCUAAACCUUUUUUGGCUGCGGAGGAGAGAUGAGGGCAAUUUGUGCCAGCCCUUUUAAAGGGGUUCUGAAUUUUACAUGAGAAACAAGUUUGCACAUCAUGGGGAGUAAGUCCUACUCAACAUAAUGCCUUAUGUAGCUCUGGAGGCAACUUGUUUAAGCAUAAUAUCUAUGUACUAUCCAGCAAAAUGAUGCUAUUUCAGCUUCUGCUGACUCAAUUCUGAAUAUUUGAUAUUUUUAUAUAAUUAUUAUUUGUAAAUAUUUUUCUGAAAAACAUGUCUCUCACAAAGUGCGAUACUUAAUGAGUAGAGCAUUUGCCAGAAUGACUGCAGGCCAUUUGUAUUAUUUGUUAAAUAACGUUAGAAUUAAAAGCACACUUGUCUGUGCAUGUUAAUUACCGAUGUGUCAGUUGAUCAAGACUUUAUGAUAUGUCUGGCAUGUAAGAACAAAUAACUGGUCAAUUGUAUUCUGUUUUCAAACAUAAUUUUCCUAGUUUUUGCAUGAUGAAUGGUAAAAUAAUAUUUACCAUGUUGUGAAUCAAAUUUGUAAAUUAAGGAACAUCACAUCAAGUGUCUUUUUACACGUACCAAACACCUGUUUAGUUUGUUUUUCUGCCAAAUAAAUGGAAAUUAUUAAUGAGGCACACAUACUACUGGUUAUUAUACACUUUUGCAGUGAUUCAUCUAAAUGACAAUGGAGUCACAAGCUUGACUAGAUUACUGAAUGUCUUGAGAUCAAUAAAGGUUUAAGUUAUCAGAUCCGUGGAGCUCAGGAGUGCAAUUAA